GUGUUUUCUUCUCGUCUUAGCGUGUUUAAGUAGAUUGUUUACCUAGAAGUUAUCUAGCUAACUGAACUAGCUGAUGUACUCUAAAUAUUAACACACAAAACACCUUUGCUGUUGUGGGAGCUGUGUGAUGAUUUUACAUACUUAUUUAGGCCAGUGGUUACCAAACUUUUUAUUUUUAAGAGACUACUUUAAUUAUGAAAUCAGUUCCACGGACCCCUCAUUAUUAUUUAGGCUCGUUAUUUAAAUGUGUACAAUAAUAUUUUGGAUGUUUAUAGUAGUCGUUAUUCCUAAACAUUCCACCGACCGUCCAAGUGGCAUUAUUUAUAGACCUGCAUGUUUUUGAGUAAUUAAAGUUUAGAUAAACCUGGUUAAUAACGAUAACAACUCAGCUACAGUAUAAUAACUAGAGCAGCAGCUACAGUUAUCGACACCUUAAUGAUAUUUUUGCCAUUGAAAAAGUAGAAAAGACUUUCAAUACGUAAAUUGUGCAUGAAUAAUUACUUAAACUUCCACUGGGAAAAAAAAAGUUGAUUCCCGAUUACUUAGUGUAUCAGAUCACGUGACACCGUUCCACAGUCAUCGACACCGUCCCACAAUUAUCGACACCUUUGUCCGCAGUUAUCGACACCUUUGUCCACAGUUAUCGACACCGUUCCACAAUUAUCGACACCUUUGUCCACAGUUACCGACACCGUUCCACAAUUAUCGACACCUUUAUCUGCAGUUAUCGACACUGUUCCACAAUUAUCAACACCUUUGUCCGCAGUUACCGACACCGUUCCACAGUUACCGACACCGUUCCACAAUUAUCGACACCUUUGUCCACAGUUAUCGACACCGUUCCACAAUUAUCGACACCGUCCCACAAUUAUCGACACCUUUGUCCGCAGUUAUUGACACCAUUCCGCAGUUAUCGACACCUUUGUCCGCAGGUAUCGACACCGUUCCACAAUUAUCGACACCUUUAUCUGCAGUUAUCGACACCGUUCCACAAUUAUCAACACCUUUGUCUGCAGUUACCGGCACCGUUCCACAGUUACCGACACUGUUCCACAAUUAUCGACACCUUUGUCCACAGUUACCAACACCAUUCCACAAUUAUCGGCACCUUUGUCCGCAGUCAUCGACACCGUUCCACAAUUAUCGACACCUUUGUCUGCAGUUAUCGACACCGUUCCACAGUUAUCGACACCUUUGUCCACAGUUAUCAACACUGUUCCACAAUUAUCGACACCUUUGUCCACAGUUAUCGACAUCCAGGUUGUGGUGAUGACCCGUGAUCUUAUCGAAGAGGAACUGCCCCACUGGGUGGGAGCCAAAGAGUUCCACCAAAAGUACGAGUCCAAGGAAGUCAUUGGCAGAGGUGUAAGCAGUGUGGUGCGUAGGUGUGUAAACAAACACACAGGACAAGAAUUUGCAGUGAAGAUCAUUGAGAUCACAGCAGAGAAGAUGACUGCUCAGCAAUUGGAGGAGGUGAAGAGCUCAACACUGAAAGAGAUCCAUGUUCUUAACGUGCUGAAAGGACACCCGUCAAUCAUCACACUUAUUGAUUCGUAUGAAUCUGCAACCUUCAUCUUUUUGGUAUUUGACCUAAUGAGAAGAGGAGAGCUGUUUGACUAUUUAACAGAAAAAGUCACACUCAGUGAAAAAGAGACCAGGGGUAUGAUGCGUGCUCUUCUGGAGGCAGUCCAGCAUCUUCAUUCCCUUAAUAUCAUACACCGAGACCUCAAGCCGGAAAAUAUCCUCCUGGAUGACCAGGGUCACAUUAAAUUAUCUGACUUUGGGUUUUCAGUGCAGCUGCAACCUGGACAAAAGCUGAGAGAACUCUGCGGCACCCCGGGCUAUCUUGCACCAGAGAUACUGAAAUGUUCAAUGGAUGAAACGCAUGAUGGAUAUGGGAACGAGGUUGACUUGUGGGCUUGUGGUGUUAUUCUCUUCACUGUUCUUGCUGGGUCUCCACCCUUCUGGCACCGUAAACAGAUGCUGAUGCUAAGAAUGAUCAUGGAGGGUCAGUAUCAGUUUAACUCUCCGGAGUGGGACGACAGGUCUGACACUGUCAAGGACUUGAUCUCAAGGCUUUUGGUGCUGGAUCCCGCAGCUCGUCUGACAGCUGAACAAGCCUUAGCUCAUCCUUUCUUCCUUCAGUACCAAAAGGAGGAUGUACGGCUCUUCAGCCCCAGAAAGACAUUCAAGGUGUUAAUCUUGACAGUCUUGUCGUGUAUCCGUAUGUACUGUCGCUACAACCGGGCCAGACCUCUGACGCGAGAGCUCCUAAUGAGGGACCCUUACUCUUUACGAGCUGUGCGCAAACUCAUCGAUGGCUGUGCUUUCCGCAUAUAUGGGCAUUGGGUCAAGAAAGGAGAACAACAGAACCGAGCUGCUCUUUUCCAGAACACCACUAAAAUUGUUUUACUUGGUCUUGAGGACCUUGAGAGCCAAAUGUAAAUGUAAUCUCUAUUUUUAACAUGUUCGUUAGAAGUUAGAACAAUCUUUAUAUUUUUAAUUGAUACAGUUCAGGGAACGAAGAUAUUAAUCCAGUCACACGCACACGUGCUCGAACCACAAUAGAACUAUUUAUUUCUGAUUAAUGAGAUGUUUCCCAUUGUUACGUGUGAGUUAUUCAGCUCACUUUUAACUUCUUAGCCAUUUUCUUUUCAGAUAUCUAAUCAUAAACGUAACUUUGUAAAUUUAUAUAUCAAUUCAGUUUUAUCACUGUAGCUAUCUUGGUCAUUUGAGCAUUUGUAGAAGAGGACAGUAAGUUUACAGAACAUAAGCUAAAUGCAUAAAAUACUUUGAGUUUUUUUUGGUCAUUUAUGGUAACGCACAUGUGUAUGAUGGUUACAUUCCUGCUCACUUUGUGGGAUAUUUUUUUUUCCCCUUAAAUAUAUUUGAGUCUUUUCAUUUGACAACCAAACAUCAUGUUUUCAUCACAGAGUACUGUAUUAACUUAAAGGAACAGUCCACCGUACUUCCAUAAUGAAAUAUGCUCUU